UAUAUCUUCUCUUCCAACCUCCACUCUCCCCACUACACUCUCUACUCUCCUCCUCUCUCUACUGAAAUCUCAUUAACACCAAAACCAGAGUUAGCACAACAAGUAAUCCUUGAAAGUAUUAUGAUGAACAUGAUUACUGACGGUCAUGGCAAAGAACCAGAAGAUUGUUCCCUCAAAAAGCCUCCUUCUAUUCUUCAGGUUGUGGAAGAACUGAAAGAACUAUGGGGUAUGGCUAUACCAAUAACAGCAAUGAACUGCGUGGUAUACAUAAGAGCUAUGGUUUCAGUUGUGUUUUUAGGAAGAUUAGGAAGUUUAGAGCUAGCUGGUGGAGCUUUAUCAAUAGGCUUUACAAAUAUAACAGGGUACUCUGUUUUAGUUGGAUUAGCUUCAGGUUUAGAACCAGUUUGCAGUCAAGCUUUUGGGUCUAAAAAUUGGGAUUUAUUAUCACUCUCUUUGCAACAAACAAUCCUAAUCUUACUAACAGCAAGUAUACCCAUAAGUAUAUUAUGGGUAAAUCUUCAAUCUAUCAUGAUUUUCUUAGGCCAGGAUGCAUCAAUAACCUCAAUGGCUGCAACAUAUUGUCUCUACUCACUCCCUGAUUUGUUAACAAACACAUUAUUACAACCGCUGCGAGUUUAUCUAAGAUCACAAGGGAUUACUAAACCGAUGAUGUAUUGUUCAGUUCUAGCUGUUUUGUUUCAUGUCCCAUUAAACAUGUUGUUAGUGAUGGUAAUGAAAUUAGGAGUACCUGGUGUAGCAAUGGCAUCAGUGUUAACAAAUUUGAAUAUGGUGAUUUUGAUGUCUGGAUAUAUUUACGUAUCAGGAAGAUGCAAAUUAAAAUGGACAUUCGGGGUUAAGAAUGUGAUUAGUGGGUUAGGUCCAUUGUUGAGAUUAGCUAUACCAAGCUGUUUAGGGAUUUGUCUUGAGUGGUGGUGGUAUGAGAUUAUGAUUGUCUUGGCUGGGUAUUUGCCUAAUCCUACUAUUGCUGUUGCUGCCACUGCUAUUCUCAUUCAGACUACUAGCUUGAUGUACACUGUUCCUAUGGGUUUAGCUGCUUGUGUUUCUACCAGGGUAGGGAAUGAGCUGGGGGCAGGAAAGCCCUACAAGGCGAAACUAGCAGCUCUGGUAGCAUUAGGGUGUGCUUUUAUCAUAGGGAUCAUGAACGUGACAUGGACAGCAAUAUUAAGAGAAAGAUGGGCAGGAUUCUUCACUAAAGAUGAACUAGUUGGCGUACUGGUGGCAGCGGUAAUGCCUAUAAUGGGGCUCUGCGAGUUAGGAAACUGCCCACAAACAACCGGUUGUGGUGUACUGCGUGGAGCUGCAAAACCUGCAGUUGGCGCUAGGAUUAACCUGGGUUCUUUCUACUGUAUUGGCACACCAGUUGCUGUUGGUUUAGCAUUCUGGUUGAAUGUAGGGUUCAGUGGACUUUGGUAUGGAUUAUUAUCUGCACAGGCUGCUUGUGUUGUUUCCGUCUUAUAUGUGAUUCUGUUGAGAACUGAUUGGGAAGCUGAAGCGUUGAGAGCUAGGAAGCUCACAUCUGUUGAAAUAACGAGUAUGAAUGGUACUUGUCAUGGUGGUGGUGGUGGUGGUGGUGAUGAAAAGGAAGAGAAAGAAGGGCUAUUAAAUGUAGAAAAUGUUUAGCUUUUUUGUGUGCAGAGAAAAGGACCAGAGAGACAGAGAGUGUGUGGGUAGGGUGGCGGAGGAGGGUGGGAGGGAUGUUGAUGUUGGAACUUGUAAUAAUCUGAUUGAGUUAUUGCUUGAAGCUUGGAUAUGCACACACUCUUAAUUUGCAGAAAGGAAACGGAAAGAGACUAUUUAUUUAUUUCUUGUUUUGUUGUGUUAGCUAAUUAUUAAAGAAACUGCAACUUUUUAUA